UUCAAUUAAUGUAAUGCAUUGUCAAUGCCAGUUUGAACAACGUGAAACUUCAAAGGGGUGAAAGGAGGCAGCAUUGCAAGUUGGUCACUCUCAUCGCACACAAAUUCUUCCUAGGACCUGCAGGACAUUGGUCAUCGAGGGUUUCCCGGCAGCCUGCGCAUUACCACAUUCAAGUUGGACACUCACUGCUCAGUCGGCAGGCCGCUCAGAGCCACUCCUCUUUGCUGAAGUCUGUUCUGUUUCUCGGUUUACUAUCAUGUCUCUCAAAGUACCAGCUGAAAUCAUCGAUGUCGACGCUCUCUUGUCGGACGAAGAUGAGAAGGCUGACGCGAUUCAGUUCGUAGGGUACGGCCCAGGGAGGAACUCACAAUGCACGAACGCCACUGGCGCGGGUCGAAUGAUGACUAUCAAGAAUGAACCAAUCGCUUCCUCGUCCCGCUUGCCUCCGUCCCCAGGACCCAAUUUGCAAUUCAAAGACAGUCAUACAUUAUUCACUUACGCACGUCCAGGGCUCUUUGAAGUUGUUGAAGAAGAAAAGAGGAAAAGAAUCGCGAUGGACCGCGUUGGAGAACCACCUUUGAAGAAACGUGCAACAAGUUCCACCAUUGCAAUUGCAAACGUGCCCGGUCGACAAAAGGAAAAACGCAAGCAGCCAUCUGGGUGGAAGGAGCCGGAAAUCAUAGAUCUGUCGAUUUGUAGCAGCGACGAUGACAUCUUUGCAAAGAAACCUAGACUCGGAUCCGAGGAAAACCACUUGUUUGCCGAUCGCACGACUGAUAUCUAUGCGAAUGAUGAGAGCAACCAAAUGGACUGUAGUAACGAUAUACAUGACCCGAACGAUUUCCUCCCUCGUACAAGGGCACUGCCGUCCCUGUCCCAACCACUAUCAUUCAAAGACCCUGGAUAUGACUCCGAAGAGGAGUACGCGAAUUAUAUGGCUUCUCUCGACAUUUCGGAUGAAUCCAAAUGGAAUCCAGUACCUUUAAAAAACAAGGCCGAAGACCUUUCGCCGAAUGUGGAGCUCGAGGUCGAGUCGGCACGUCCACGACCUGGAGAACUGCGGCCGUUGCGUCCAAAGUACUUCGCCGUACACUAUCCCGUCACCCCCUUAGAUCCGACUUAUAAGGAGCAAUUCUUUUGGGGAAAACUAAAUUCAGUGCUAGGUUUCCGACCGCGCGCACUCAAACCACCUGCCCGACUUCGCUUCGCUAGGCACUUGCCGGGACGCACGCGUCCUCUCAAACUGUUCCAAGAUCUUGCUUACGAUAAGUUAGGUGCUGUGCAAUCCUAUCGCCAGGCAGCAUCAGGGUCCAUAAAUAAGAUUGUUCAAGUUCCAGGCGCCAUCGUAGCCUGUGCGGCGGCAUCGGGUGGGCAUCCCGACUAUUCGGAUGAAGAUCGAGAAGCGCCACUCCCAUCAGACAACAAUGCUGGGACAAUGGUAGUGCUCCACCAGGGCCGGUGCCAUGUUGUCGAUGCUCACUGCAUCGAUCACGGAGCUUCUGCGAAGAAAUACUACACGGUAAAUGAUGUCUUAUUCAAUCCAUUGAACCCCGAACAAUUUCUAUCGACUGGGAAUGAUUGUCAGGUGCAGCUUUGGCAGCUGCCUAAGGUUGAUGAAAUGGAAAUGAGUGAAUCCAUCACCAGCUCACCCUGGAUGAUGAAUUCCAUGAGGCUCGGAGAUGUCGCCCAGGACUUGGUGCACUCGUCCGACGGUGCGAAUAUUGCCGUGUCUUGUCGAGAUGGAACUGUCUCUGUCUUCAAGACGAUAAAUUUAUUCACUUCGUCAACGUGGUCCAGAACUACACCUCCGCCUGAUCCGGAGACAAAACUUCACGUUGCCCCUCCUGACGCUGACCAUGCCGCGGGUACUGUACUUUGGGGCCAUGGUCCGACCGAACGCUUUAUGUACACAUCCUCAGAAGCUCACGAUCCUGAUGGGGAGGGCAAGGACGAAGGUUUCCACCGUGCACAUGAUAUAUCACGAGGUCGAGUGCUAUUUCCUUUCAGUGCUAAUGAGUCAGGUGAUGCAGGCGCAGUCAGUCCAGAUGGGAGCACUUAUGUCUUGAUCACAUGCGGUGAGAAUAAUCAGCAUCCUAUAAGGUUGUACGAUGUUGCCCGCAAGUCGGGACAUGCUGUCGCCGAAACAAUGCUCGAACCAUCAGCCUCACAGGUCGCUACAUUCGAAGCCACAACAGCCACUUUCUCUUCCGAAGGUCGACUCCUGGCUGUGGCACGCUCAGAUAAUGCCGUACACAUGUACGAUAUUCGCGCGCUAACCAAAGGUCCCCUCGCCACGUUCAAACACGAAGAGUUGGAUGCAGUAGGUUCAGCCGGGUAUGGUGCUAUUCAUGCAUGCUGGGUCGAGGGGCGGGAUCGGCGGCGAGUUGGCGUUGUCAGUGGGGGCAACGACGGGUGCGUGCGAGUAUGGGAUCCGUUGAUUGCCUCGUCGGACAAGUCCCAAGGUAAAGUGCUGGCUCGCACGGAGUUUGACGUCGCAUACUUUGCCAUGGGUGAUAUGUGGACGGGAGAAAAGCCACUCGUUCUUGGCCAUUGUGGUGGAGGCCUUUAUGUUUAUGACCACUUAGAUGGUGACGGCCUACCGAUAUGUUGAGCCAUUGAUAUUCAGUAGUAAAGCACCUUGGUCUGCCACAUCACACACCGGAUGUGUAUACUUACAUCAUUGGAUGGGGAAACUGUUUGAUUCUACUACGGUACCACU